UCUAUUGAGCAUUAGGUUGAAGUUUCAGAAAUGGCUUUUUGCCUGUUUAUAAGUUCAUUCCCGAUGUGUAGUUUCCCCAUACACUCAAAAUUGAAAAGCUUCUCAUACAAUGGGUCAAGCUUUCAUAGGUUAACAGUUUUUUCUGCCUCACAGAGUGCUGUUACAAACAAAACCUCUAUUGAAGACGACAGCAAAAUUAGACGAUCAGCUAAUUACCAUCGUCCUAUUUGGGAUUAUGAUUAUGUUCAGUCACUCAGAGAUGGUUUUGUACAAGAUGAAUCAUACAAUGAACGAGCAAGCAAUUUGCAGGAAGAAGUGAGGAUGAUGCUUGGAAAUAUGGUGGAUUCUUUGGAGAAACUUGAGCUUAUUGAUACCUUACAAAGGCUUGGUUUGUCCCAUCAUUUUGAAGCUGAAAUAAACAAAACUUUGAAGAAUAUAAGUACUGAUCGCAUCGGUACUGCUGCAUGGAAAAAAGACAAUUUAUAUGCUACAGCUCUUGAAUUUAGACUGCUUAGACAGCAUGGGUAUAAGGUGGAUCAAGAUGUUUUCACUUGCUUCAUGGAUGAUGUUGGAAACAUUAAAUCAAGCCUAAAUCAAGAUUUCAAGGGACUGCUCAACCUGUAUGAGGCUUCAUACCUCUUAUUAGAAGGUGAAACAAUGCUAGAGAAUGCAAGAGAGUUGGCAGCUAAACUUCUAAAACAAUAUUUGAAGGAGAACAAUGAUGAUCAAUAUCUUCGGGUGCUUGUGGACCAUGCCUUUGAGCUUCCUCUACAUUGGAGGCUGCCAAGGUUGGAAGCCAGAUGGUUCAUAGAUGUGUAUGAGAAAAACAAGGACAAAAAUCCCAUUAUUUUAGAGCUUGCUAUAUUGGAUUACAACAUAGUCCAAUCGAUCCACUUGGAAGAUUUUAGAUAUGCUUCAACAUGGUGGAAGGAACUUGGUCUAGGCGAAAAACUUGGCUUUGCUAGAGAUAGGAUUAUGUCAAACUUUUUAUGGAGUGCGGGAAUGGUAACUAAUCCUCAGGAUACGAAAAGUAGAAGAAUUCAGACAAAGGUUAAUGCUCUGUUAACAUGUGUAGAUGAUGUCUAUGAUGUUUAUGGCACCUUAGAUGAGUUGGAACUCUUCACAGAUAUUGUUGAGAGAUGGGAUAUAAAUGCAAUACAGAGACUUCCAAACUUUAUGAAGAUAUAUUAUCUUGCUCUUUACAAUUUCAUAAAUGAAAUCGCUUUUGACAUUCUUAAGGAACAAGGGAUAGAUGUCAUUCCCUUCCUCAAGAAACCGUGGACAGAUCUUUGUAAAGCAUAUUUGCUGGAGGCAAAAUGGUAUUACAGUGGAUAUACGCCAACCCUAAAAGAGUACCUUGAUAAUGCUUGGAUUUCAGUAACGGGUCAUGUAAUGCUUGCUCAUACCUAUUUGGCAACUCAUCAUAUAACGGAAGAGGGAUUGCGCAACUUCCAAGAAUAUUACCCCGAUAUAAUAUAUCAUGCCAACAUACUUGCACGAUUAUUAAAUGAUUUAGGGACAUCAUCGUAUGAGCUAAAAAGAGGUGAUGUUCCUAAAUCCAUCCAAUGUUAUAUGUACGAAAGUGGAGCAUCUGAAGAAGAAGCUCGUGAGCACAUAUGGAAGUUAAUUGACGCAGAAUGGAAAAAGAUGAAUAAAGAUCAAAUGACUGAAUCUCUUUUCUCUCGAAAGUUUUUUGAAAGGGCUAUAAGCCAUGCUAGAGUGGCAUUAAUGAUAUACCAAAAGGACGAUGGUUUUGGUAUUGAAGGUAACGAAUUCGAGGAUAAAGUGUUAUCAUUAUUUGUCCACCCAAUAUUUUUGCCCAAAUGAAUAAGAACAUUGGAAUUAUUUCCAUAUUGGGCCAAAAAAUUGUUAGAUUUUAUGUUUUAGUAUGGUGUACAGUAAACUUAUGGUAAUGUAAGGACUCCUAGUUCAUGUUGUUCCCUUUGCUUUU